AUAAAGAUGAAUCUAUUUAGAUGACAACUCUUUGGGGUUCCAAAAUUAUUCUAGAAAUUCUCUCCAAACUUUGAUCUGAACCAAUGGACGUGACAAUAUCUACCAACGUAGGGAUGCUGCCCAUGGCCACCUCUAAAAGACCUCCGCCACCAGCAGCUACUUGUUCAAUUUCCUUUUUCAGCCGUGGAACGCCGUCACUUGUAUCAAAUGCCCGCCUCUCUACCGCCGUUGCAGGCGGCAUGAAAGCUGAACCAUCACCUAAUCAGUACUCUGCUAUUUCAUCUUCAGAUCAAAAUCUCUCUAGACGUUCAGGAAAUUACGAACCUACCAUGUGGGAUUUUGAGUAUAUUCAGUCCAUACACAAUGAUUAUACGGGAGAUAAGUAUAUGAAGCGAUUUUACGAACUAAAGGAAGAAAUGAAGAAGAUUAUAAUGGCUGAGGGAUUAGAAGAAUUAGAGAAGCUGGAGCUGAUUGAUAAUUUGCAAAGGCUUGGAGUUAGUUACCACUUCAAGGACGAAAUUAUGCAAAUUUUGAGCAGCAUAAACCAGCACAGUACUCCAGCCACAAGAGAUUCAUUAUACGCCACAGCUCUGAAAUUUAGACUCUUGAGAGAGCAUGGUUUUUAUAUCUCUCAAGAUAUAUUCAACGACUUCAAGGACGAAAAUGAGAAUCUCAAGGAAAGUAUUUGUAAUGAUACAAAAGGUUUGUUACAAUUAUAUGAAGCUUCAUUUCUCGCCACAGAAACUGAACCUACUUUAAAAUAUGCCACAAGAUUCACGGCGACACAUCUAAAGAAUUAUGUUGACAAUCAUUGUGAUGAUGAACACAACCUAAUGGUCGUAUUAGUACAACAUGCUCUGGAACUUCCUAGGCAUUGGAUGAUGCCAAGAUUAGAGACAGAGUGGUAUUUAAGCAUUUAUGAGAGAAUGUCAAAUGCUAAUCCUCUCUUGCUCAAGCUUGCUAAGUUGGACUUCAACAUUGUUCAAGCAAUACACCAACAAGAUUUGAGAAUUCUAUCGAGGUGGUGGAAGAGCACAUGUUUAGCAGAGAAGUUGUCAUUUUCAAGGGAUAGAGUGGUGGAGGCUUUCUUUUGGACAGUGGGGUUACUAUUUGAGCCUCAAUACAGAUACUGCAGAAGAAUGUUGACAAAGGUUAUAGCUUUUAUUGUAGUCCUAGAUGAUAUUUAUGAUGUUUAUGGCACUCUUGAGGAGUUGGAAAUCUUUACUGAUGCUGUUGAAAGAUGGGAUAUAAAAGCAAUGGAGCAGCUUCCGGACUAUAUGAAAAUAUGUUACCUUGCACUAUUCAACAGUACCAAUGAAAUGGCGUAUGAUAUUCUCAAAGAGAAAGGGAUCAAUUUCCUACCCUACUUUACAAAACAAUGGGCAGACUUAUGCAAAGCUUACUUACGAGAAGCAAGAUGGUACUACAACGGAUAUACGCCAACUCUGGAAGAAUACAUAGAUAAUGCAUGGAUUUCAAUUGCAACUCCUUUGAUAUUAGUCCAUGCAUUCCCCCUUGUCACCAAUCCAAUUACGAAAGAGGCAAUGGAAUCCUUAAACAAAUAUCCUGACAUAAUUCGUCGGUGUGCUAUAAUUAAUCGUUUUCUUGAUGACUUGGGGACAUCAUCGGAAGAGUUAAAAAGGGGUGAUGUUUCCAAGUCAAUCCAAUGUUACAUGAAUGAGAAAAGUGUUUCCGAAGAAGAGGCAAAAGAAGGAAUUAGAAUUUUGAUAAAGGAGACGUGGGAAGUGAUGAACAAAGACCAAAUGGAAGAGCUACUAUUUUCUGAAGCAUUUAUUGGGAUUGCAUUAAAUUUUUCAAGAGCAUCACACUGCAUGUAUCAGCAUGGAGAUGGGCAUGGAAUUCAAAAUUCCCACAUCAUAAAUCGGAUUUCCAAACUACUCUUUGAGCCUAUCACCAUUCUAUAGUGUCUUAUAAUUAUUGCAACUUUCUGUAGCAGAUUUUAAAUCACAGACUGUUUGAAGCAUUGAAAAUGUGGUUUAGAUGUGAUGAUUGCCAGAUUCAUUUUGGAUUAAAAGUUAUCGCAGGAGGUAA